AUGAUUACUUUUAAUCAACUUAGACAAAAAGCUCAAAAACAAUCUUGUUCUACUUGUGAUUCUGAAAAAUUAAACAAUAAUAGUCUUUCUCUUCGUGCUGACCAUGUUGUAAGUGAUAAUUCUUUUUCGGCUUAUUCAACAAAUCAUACUCCUCGUUUUAUGUUAAACAAAAAAAAUAAUCGUUUAAUUGAAUCGAGAAAAUGGAGGUCUACAAACGCAUUACCAAGUCCUCUUAGACAUUGUUCUCCAGUCCCUGAUGAUGAAGCUAUUUACCGUAUUUUACCUGCACCUUCUGUAUCACCUGGAACUGCUUAUGCAGAUAAUGAAAUUGCAUCUAUUCUUUCUCAAUCAAUACCAUCAGAUUCAACAAGUCCUUCAUAUCCUUGUACUAAUAGAUCAAUUGAUAUUCAUUAUAAUCCAAUUCCUAUGAGGGCUUUUGAAUUUAACGAAGAAGAUGAUGGUGAAUAUUGUUCACGUUGUUCUAAUCCUGGUAUUUUUCAAUAA